GAACUCGAGAAACUUUUCGGUUUUCUUCCUGUUUUCAUUUUUCUAAAAAAAUUUCAGUCUCAACUCUCAUAUUGUUACUUUAAUUAUGAUACAGCGAUUUUAGAUUUUUUAAAUAUUGCUGAUGGAUCUGCGGGGUAACAUGGUUUGGGCAUUGGAAAUCUAAAAACUGAUUUAAAAGUUUUUCUUGCAUAAAAUAAUCAUGAUGAAUGCUGGCUAUAUACCAGAAAUGGAACAAAUAAUAAGCCAGCUUGAGAGAGGUACCUUGGUUACAAAAUUUUCUUGGAGAAAAAGACCAGAAAGCAAGACUCUAGCCAUCAAGAGGGAAACUAGACAAUUGAUUUGGAAACGAGUAGUUACUACUAACAAUCCCACUAAUGAUGGGUCAGUGGAUCUGGGAGAAGUAAAAGAGAUCAGACCAGGAACUGGUUCCAAAGACUUUGAGAAAUGGCCAGAUGAAUCAAAGAAAUCAGAAAAUAAGUCCUUCAUUGUGUUUUAUGGGAGUGAAUUCAAGCUGAAGACAUUGAGCAUUGCUGCACUGUCUGAAGCCGAAUGUACUCUCUGGAUAAAAGGUCUUAAACAUCUAGUAGAUGAUACAAUGAAAGCUCCCUAUCCACUACAAAUCCAGGGUUGGCUUAGGAGAGAAUUUUAUGCAAUGGAAAGUUCCAGAGAAACGAUAAACUUGAAGGAUCUCAAAUCAUUCUUUCCUAAGAAAAUGUCAACCAAUAAAUUGAGAGAAAUGUUCAAUGAAGUGGAUACCAGGAAAAGGGGAGAGAUUGGAUUUGAUGAUUUUGCCAAUUUGUACCAAAAAAUAAUGUUUGAAGAAGGGAUGGGUAGCGAUUUAUUUGACAAAUUAUCACAGUAUUCCUCCAAUCUGAAAAUAAUCAGUUUGCAAGAUGUGGAAAGCUUCUUGGUGCAUGAGCAAAAUGACCCUUUGGGAAACGAUGACAGGGCAGUGUCCCAAUUUAUCUGUGAUUUCUUGAAAGAUCCACAAAGAGAGAUUCAAGAGCCCUAUUUCACUGUGCCAGAAUUCUUAGACUUUUUAUUCUCCAAACAAAAUGAUGUCUGGGAUCCCACCAAGAAUACCGUUUAUCAAGAUAUGUCUAAACCUUUGUCACAUUAUUGGAUCUCAUCUUCACAUAACACUUACUUGACCGGCGACCAGCUAUCCAGCGAGUCAUCUGUCGAGGCGUACGUGCGCUGUCUGCGCAUGGGCUGUCGGUGCAUCGAGCUGGACUGCUGGGACGGCCCAGAUGGGUACCCCUUUAUUUACCAUGGCCACACGCUCACCACCAAGAUCAAGUUCGUGGACGUGAUCAAGACGAUCAAAGAGCACGCUUUCGCCACGUCCGAGUACCCGGUGAUACUUUCCAUCGAGGAUAACUGCACGUUGCCUCAACAGAAGAAAAUGGCGUCUGCCAUGCAGGAAGUGUUCGGUGAUCUAUUAUUAACCUACCCAGUGGAAAAAAAUGAAACGAAGCUGCCAUCUCCCCUUUCUCUGCGCCGAAAAAUCCUCCUGAAACACAAAAAACUCCCCGAGGGCCAAGAAGAAAACUCCCUUCUGAUCCGCAACGAUGCCACCGAAAUGGACCUCAGGAACUCCAUCAAGAACGGCCUGAUGUACCUCGAGGACAGGGUGGACAAGGAGUGGAACCCCCAUUUCUUUGUUCUUACUCAGACCAAGCUGUUUUAUACGAGCAGCUACAAGACCAGUCAGGAGGCGGAACGGUCGGAGGACGAGGAGGAGGGGGGCGCGGGGGGGUCGUUCCGCGGAAGGGGGAGGGCCAGCGUGCCCAACGAGGAGCUGCACUUCAGCGAGAAGUGGUUCCACGGCAGGCUGCCGAAGGGCAGGGAGGAGGCCGAGCAGCUGCUGAGGGCGUACUCGCAUCUAGGAGACGGCACCUUCCUCGUACGAUCCAGCGUCACGUUCGUCGGCGAGUACUGCCUUUCCUUCUGGCGCGACGGCCAGCCGAACCACUGCCGCAUCCGCUCGAAGCAGGACAAGCAGCAGACCAGGUACUACCUCGUCGACGCCAAGCACUUCGACAGCUUGUACGGCCUGAUCACGCACUACCGCAGCGCCCCGCUGGUGACGGCCGAGUUCUCGAUCACGCUCAAGGAGCCGGUACCGCAGCCGAACCUGCACGAGAACGAGGAGUGGUACCACAAGGGUACCGGCAAGAGCCAGGCCGAGGAGGUGCUGCGACGGGAGAGGACAGAGGGGGCCUUUCUGGUGAGGCCCAGCGAGAAUGACGCCAACUGCUAUACGAUAAGCUUCAGGGCAGAUAAAAAAAUUAAACACUGCAGAAUCAAAUUAGAAGGAAGGCUAUAUACAAUUGGUAACGUUGAGUUCGAAAGUUUAGUAGCUUUAAUAAAUUAUUAUGAAUCUCAUCCUCUGUAUAGAAAGGUGAAACUCAGCAAUCCUAUUAGCGAGGAGAUGGUCAGGAAAAUGGCGAUGGCACACGAUGACUCGUCCUCCUACCCGACGCCUCCCACCUACAUGGACCCGAGCGCCGUCAACUCCAACGUCACCGUCAAGGCCGCCUACGACUAUGCGGCGGUGCGCGACGACGAGCUGUCCUUCUGCAAGCACGCCAUCAUCACCAACGUGACCAAGAACACGGAGUCGCCGGGGUGGUGGCGCGGCGACUACGGCGGCAUGCGGCAGCGCUACUUCCCGCUGAACUACGUCAAAGAGAUCGAGCAGGCGGAGACGCAGGACGGAGACGAUUCGUCUGGAGAAUCAAUGUUACAAGGGUGUCUAGACAUGAACGGAGUGGUAGCAGAUUAUAUCAGAAAGCCAGGGCAGAGCAUGGAGUGGAUAGUCCGAAUAGUUCCUUCAACAGCAUGCACUGCUUUCGAGUGUGGAGUUCAAUCAGAAGAACUGGCGCAGGAAUGGUGCUCCGCCAUUUUGCAGGUCACCCAAACGGUGUGCCGCUUGGAAACGAUACAUAGAGAGCGGGAAAGAGAGUUCAAAAUAGCCAAGGAAAUAUCGAACCUCAUAAUUUAUUGUCAAUCGACGACUUUCAACUUGGAGAAAGCCAAACAAGAACUAGUCUUCUACGAAAUGUCUUCCUUUCCAGAAAAUAAAGCCGAGAAACUCAUAUGCCAACAAGAGAGAAAGUUUUUCCUAAGGUACCACCAAGUACAGUUCUCCCGGGUGUACCCCAAGGGUCAGCGCUUCGACUCAUCCAACUACAGCCCUGUCAACCUGUGGAACUGCGGCUCGCAGAUGCUGGCCCUCAACUUCCAGACGGGCGACAAGCCGAUGCAGCUCAACCAGGCCAAGUUCCGGGACAACGGCAACACCGGGUACCUGUUGAAGCCGGACUUCAUGCUGCGCGAUAAUUUUGAUCCGUUCGACAGGGGCAGUUUGGGCUCGGAGGAGGAAAUGAAGAUUUCUGUUAGGAUCAUUGCUGGGAGGCAUCUUUGCAGGUCCAAGAAAGGGACUGCGAGUCCGUUUGUCGAGGUCGAGGUCAUCGGUGCCCCUUUCGAUUCGGGAAUGAAACUCGAAACGAAGCAUACGGUCGAGAACGGCUUCAAUCCCAAGUGGAACGAAGAGAUCAGCGAAUUCGUCGUCGCCAAUCCGCACUUCGCUUUGUUGAGAUUCGUCGUGCAGGACGAGGAUGUGUUUGGAGAGCCGAAUUUCAUCGGUCAAGCUACUUACCCGAUAACUUGCCUGAGAACAGGGUACAGAAGUGUUUGGCUCAAGAAUGCCUACAGUGAAGACCUGGAACUUGCAUCUUUGCUAAUUCAUAUUAGCAUUAAGAGCUCCUCUACUAGCUAAUUCCUCAGUGCCAAGCCAUUGAAGCCGUUCUGUUAUUUGUUACAUAACACGUUGUUAUAUGAUCACAGUGGAUUGUGGGUCUUUGAAAGAAUCAUCUAUUCUUUUAUGAGGUUGUGAAUUCGAAUGAAGUUGAGAUUUUCGAAUGUAUACCCAUGUUACACGACUGUAUCCUUUAUCAUAAACCAUCAUAUCGUU